UCCUUCCUUCCUCUGCCUGUUGUCUCAGCAUCAUCCAUCAAAGCCGAGGGCAUGUAGAAGUUGAGGAGCUAGCAUGGAUAUAUUUUGGUUCUUCAGCAGCAGAAGGGUUUCUUCGGCUGCUUUGACAUGGACUACGAGGUUUGGGAAAAAGAACAGCAGAAUUAAACUCCCGCCCUUCAGUGAGCUUUCUGCUUCUUAAAAUCUCCUGACCCUCCUUCAGCUGUCCUGGGAAAUAUGAGUCUUCUUUCCUCGACACAUCUCUUCUUCCUUCUUGCCAUUUACUCCCUGCAGUCCCUUCUCCCAUGUGUUCAGUGCUCAAAGUUGUGUCCACACAAGUGAAUUUGUUAUGAGCAUGCUGACCUGGUGGACUGCCGCGACAGUGGGUUUGAGCACGUUCCCAGGGGCCUCCCACACGGCACGUGGCUGCUGGAGCUAGGAAGAAACAAUAUGAGUGUGAUAGGCACUCAAGCCUUCAAAGGACUGUGGUCCUUGCGGGUGCUGGUGCUCACCAACAGCCAGAUAGAGGAAAUCCAACCACAGGCAUUUUUCUCAUUGUCCUUUCUGGAGAAACUGGAUCUCAGUUGGAACAAAUUAAAAACUCUCCCUGUGGACUUCUCAUCCAGUCUGCCUGCUCUCAAAGAACUGCGACUGCAGCACAACAACUUGCAUUAUCUAUCUGGAUACAGCCUGGAGUUUCUGGACAACAUGGAAAAGCUGGACCUGAGUCAUAACAAACUGGUGUCUGUUGGCCCCGGCGUGUUCCGAGGCCUCUCCCGGCUCAGACAACUCUAUCUACACAACAACAAACUGACUGUGGUGCAGCAUGGGAGCCUGGACAUGCUGCCUGGACUGGAGGUACUCCAGCUGAGCAACAACAACAUCUCUCAGAUAGAUACUGGUGCCCUGGCACCUCUGUACAGCCUGGCUGUUCUUGAUCUGGAGGGAAACAACCUGCAUAACCUCAAAUUUAAGACCUUCAUCAGCCUUCAUACAACAGCAACACACAUACAGCUGUCAGGGAACCCUUGGAGCUGUGACUGUGAGCUGCAUCGUGUUUUCAGUAAGAUCCUACACGUCCGGCACCUCCACAUUGACGACUACCACAACGUGACAUGCCAGGACCCUCCGCAGCUGUUGGGGGCUUCAUUGGCCUGGGUAGACAGCCAACUCUGCGUGGCUGAGACCGCUACUGUACUCGUCAUCACUGUCACUGUGUUUGUCACCGUGGUGGCUGCUGUGGUGAUGGCGGAAAGGAACAGGAAGAGGAACCGAGGGAAGAACUGGGACACCGAGUCGCAGACGCAAACUCAGAGCCCUCCAUCCUGAGGCAAAAUUAGUGAGAGGAUAAGCAGA